AAACUUUUUUCGUCAGGCAACAUAACUUUUGCCGUGGAGUAUAUUACUUAAUUACUUCACCCAUCUGUCGCUUUAUUUUUCUUGCCCAAAAAGAAAUCCUCAUCAAAACCCCAGGCCCUAACCCCAAAAAUUAGCUAAUCAAAUCAAAUUCAAUCUCUGUUUCUUUGCAAGUAACCAUUUUCUUAAAAUGUUCAGAAAUCAGUACGAUACAGAUGUAACAACAUGGAGUCCUGCAGGACGACUCUUCCAAGUAGAGUACGCCAUGGAAGCAGUGAAGCAAGGUUCUGCUGCUAUUGGUCUUCGAUCCAAAACUCAUGUUGUUUUGGCUUGUGUUAACAAAGCUCAAUCUGAACUUUCGUCUCAUCAGCGCAAGAUCUUUAAAGUUGAUGAUCAUAUUGGUGUAGCCAUUGCUGGUCUUACUGCUGAUGGCCGUGUUCUUUCCAGAUAUAUGAGAUCUGAAUGUAUUAAUUAUAGUUUCACUUAUGAAUCUUCGCUUCCUGUUGGUCGACUUGUUGUUCAACUCGCUGAUAAAGCCCAGGUCUGCACUCAACGUUCUUGGAAGCGACCUUAUGGUGUUGGUCUGUUGGUCGGUGGUUUGGACGAGUCUGGAGCUCAUCUAUACUAUAACUGUCCAAGCGGAAAUUACUUUGAGUACCAGGCGUUUGCUAUUGGGUCACGCUCACAGGCUGCAAAAACUUACUUGGAACGGAAAUUUGAUACAUUUAAUGAUGCAUCACCACAAGAGUUGAUCAAGCAUGCACUCUUUGCUAUAAAGGAAACCUUGCAGGGAGAGAAGUUCACGAGCUCCAUUUGCACAGUCGCUGUGGUGGGAGUUGGGGAACCAUUCCAUGUAUUGGAUCAACAGACAGUCCAGGAUCUGAUCAGCUCAUUUGAGAUAGUUGAGGAAGAGCCCCCUGCUGCCGAGGAUGUAGAUGCUGCUCCGGAGGAGGAACAUGGGGCUGCUCCAGCUGCCGACCAGGGUGCCCCUGAUCAGGGUGCUGCUCCUAUGGAAGAAUGAUAACUAUAUAUCUAUAGUUUUCAUUAUCCUUUGUGGCGUCGGACUGAUUAGAGAGGACUAGUGAGGAUAUUGAAUGUGAUGUGCAUCAUUUGACAAUCUUCUCCUUAUUUAUGCAUCUUUUUACCUUCGUUUGUUCUUCAAUGUCAAUGUGUAGUAUUAAAUCGUAACACUUAGUGUUGGAUUUGGAGGCAUGAUGUCCCUUGGAUGUCAAUUGAGAAAUUUAUGAGGUCUGGCCACUUUUGCUUCGCCUUAUCUCGUUUGGUUUA